AGCGGGCGGCGCAGGCCGGGCUGGGCCCGCGCGCGGCGGCAGCGGCGCCCCGGGCCGGAGGCGGCCCAGCCGAGCGGGCCAUGGCCACCGCCAUUCAGAACCCGCUCAAGUCCCUAGGCGAGGACUUCUACCGAGAAGCCAUCGAGCACUGCCGCAGCUACAACGCGCGCCUGUGCGCCGAGCGCAGCCUGCGCCUGCCGUUCCUCGACUCGCAGACCGGCGUGGCCCAGAACAACUGCUACAUCUGGAUGGAGAAGACCCACCGCGGCCCGGGUUUGGCCCCGGGACAGAUUUACACGUACCCCGCCCGCUGUUGGAGAAAGAAACGGAGACUCAACAUCCUGGAAGACCCCAGACUCCGGCCCUGCGAGUAUAAGAUUGACUGUGAGGCGCCAUUGAAGAAGGAGGGCGGCCUCCCAGAAGGGCCGGUCCUUGAGGCUCUACUGUGUGCUGAGACAGGGGAGAAGAAGAUAGAGCUGAAGGAGGAGGAGACCAUUAUGGACUGCCAGAAACAGCAGCUGCUGGAGUUUCCACAUGAUCUUGAAGUGGAAGACUUGGAGGAUGACAUUCCCAGGAGGAAGAACAGGGCCAAAGGAAAGGCAUAUGGCAUCGGGGGUCUCCGGAAACGCCAGGACACCGCUUCCCUGGAGGACCGAGACAAGCCGUAUGUCUGUGAUAUCUGUGGGAAACGGUAUAAGAACCGGCCAGGGCUCAGCUACCACUACACCCACACCCACCUGGCUGAGGAGGAGGGGGAGGAGAACGCCGAACGCCACGCCCUGCCCUUCCACCGGAAAAACAACCAUAAACCCAAGAAGGCGCCUGAUGGCACUGUCAUCCCCAACGGCUACUGUGACUUCUGCCUGGGUGGCUCCAAGAAGACGGGGUGUCCCGAGGACCUCAUCUCCUGUGCCGACUGUGGGCGAUCAGGACACCCCUCGUGUUUACAGUUCACGGUGAACAUGACGGCAGCUGUGCGGACCUACCGCUGGCAGUGCAUCGAGUGCAAGUCCUGCAGCCUGUGUGGCACCUCGGAGAACGACGGUGCCAGCUGGGCGGGUCUCACCUCCCAGGACCAGCUGCUGUUUUGUGACGACUGCGAUCGGGGUUACCACAUGUACUGCCUGAGUCCCCCCAUGGCGGAGCCCCCGGAAGGGAGCUGGAGUUGUCACCUCUGUCUUCGGCACCUGAAAGAGAAGGCCUCUGCCUACAUCACCCUCACCUAGGCCUGGCUCUGGCUCACCUGGACCUCUGGGGUGAUGCUUGCCUACCUGCCUCUUGGAGCUCCUCCAGUCUCUCCCCAUCCUUAAUGCCCCACAGUGGAAGGGGCCGGGGGUGGGGGGAGCCUGAGAGGGGGCUGGGUCACCCCUCCCCUCUGUGCAAGUGGAAUGUUUGCCCUGUGGGUUGGUGGGCCCAGCAGGGUCCUCUCCCUUCCUCCUUCCUGCCUCACCCCUUCGCAAAUGGGCACCAGGGGCUUCUGCUCCCCUCAAAGCCAUACCCCGCCUCUGGGCGGGCACGAGGGGUGGUGGAUGCCAGCUGGGGGCACGGACAAAGCCUUUUUCUAAAGAAAAAGUCAAAAAGUUAAAAAAAAAAAGAAAUUAAUAUAUAACAAAGAGUCCUAUAAGGUCUGGCUGGGUGGAGGGGGCACUGCUGAGCGCAUCUACUGGGCACCAGUCUACGCCAGUUUCCUGCCUGGCGGCUCCUCCCCCCAAGUCCCUGGCGUUGCAGCUCUCCCACCUCCCCACCCAAGGUGGGCGCCAUUCCCCCCUUGUGCCCAGGGCAGGAGGGUGUGGUGUCCACCCCCGCCCUCUCGGUGCCCACUGUGGAUACUGCAUGAUGUGAACCACGGUUUUGAACUCCGUUCCUGCUCCCUCCCCGAGAGCCCCGCCCCGAGCCCACUCCGUGCCUGCCUUGGCAAGGCGGGCCCCUGCCCAGCGCCUGCUGGAAUGAGAAGCACAGACUCUGCAACGGACUAGAUUUUCCUCCUCCCCCCGCCCCGAUUCCCUACCGGCCAGGCCGGGCUGCCCCCUGCCACCUUCGCUGGCCAUUUUCGGGUUGCGAGGGGGCGUGGUUGUUUCUUGUGGUUGUGUGUGUUUGUUGUUCGGGUUUAAAAAAAAAAGGGAAAUUGAGACUGCAAGUGGGGGAGGUGGUGGGUUUGGGGGGGUCUCCCCCGAUCCAGGCGUGUCCCCCCUUGUAAACGAGUCUCCUUUAUUGCCUGCCUCUGCUGUGAAUUAACUUGUUCCGUGUAUUAAACUGGGCCUGACCCCUCUGCCCACGUCGUCUGCCUCGUUCUCCAGGCUGGUUUGGGGCAUCACCAAGAAGGGGAGAUGGGGCCUCACUGGGGGAGAAGCAACCGAGGUUAACAGCUGGAGCUGGCCCUACGUCCAUCUCCCUCCAGCUCCCCUCUGCACCCCGCCUUUCUCUGGCUUUGUCCCAUCUCCUCCCUGCCUCGCUGGAAAGGAGAAGGGGGGGGAUGGGGUGGAGGGGGCUCCCACCCAGCCAGCUGUGGUUGCCCUGGCAACGGACUGCUGCAGCUGCAACGGGGAAACAGUGAGGAGGGAGGCGGGAAGCUGGGGACUGGGGGAAGGGAAGGGAUGGAAAGAUGAAGACUGGGGGCUGGCCCCUCCCCUCGGGGCCAUUGGUAGGGAUCAGGGGUGCCAGGGGCGCCUCACCCUACACCCAGACGUCACCUGGAGCUCCCUAUCCCGAUGUGGGGCAAAGAACAGAGGGGAAUGGGCCAUGGGAUAUAGAUCCAGGGACAUUAGGAGGAAGACAGAUUUGGGUGAGGUGAGGUGAGGAGUGAGAACCAGGACACAAGAACAGUCAGGAGAGAGACAGACAGGAGUCACACAUUUAUAGAGAAUGAGAAAAAGAGCAGGAGAGGGAAGACGUAGACCUGGAGGGAGAUGUAGAUGAAGAGGGCCAGAGGAAUUAUGGUGGAAGAGGACAGAAGAGAUGAUUUAGUGGGAGAGAGGCAAUAAUAGUAAUAAAAAACAGCAGACACAUGGGGAGAGACAGAGGAGGAAGUACAGGGAUCUGGAGAGAGAAGCAGAAGAGAUUCCAUGUGGGGAGGCAGGGAACCAGGGCACGUAAAAUAGGAGAGCGGAAGAGAGACUAAGAGCGGGGAGGCACAUUUGGGGAGAGAGAUGAAGUUAGGACCCAGCACAGGCGAAGUCCUAGGACAAUGCCACAGAGAUGAGAUUUCAGGGGAGAGGACACAAAGAAUUUAGGGAGACAAUAGAAAAAUCUGGAGAGAGCCAAGAGCGGGAAGGGAUUCAGAGCCUGGGUGAGGGGAGAGCCAGAGGCGGGGUGGGAGGCAGAGGAGACUGGGGGAGGGUCGAGGAGGGCGCCCGGGCCCGCGAGAGGGGGACAGGCAGAGGAAGUGGAAAACUGGGGCAAGAUGGGGAAGGGACGAGCAGGGCACAGUUCAGGCGAGAGCGCACGCUGGCGUGUGCGAGUUGUGGGGUGUUGGAAGUUGGUGUGUGUCACAGGCGCCAGGAGAGGAUGUGAGAACAGCUUGUUCCGCCGUUUCCGUGCUGGAGGGGGGAGGGCAGCAUGGGUUGAGGAUGGGGCCUCAGGGAGGGCGGAGACAGGGAGAGUGUCUGGAACACUCUAGAAUUUUUAGGAGAUGUGGAAAUAGCUGGUCCACCUCCUCUGGAAAAAGGAUAUAUAACCGUUUUGGAAAAAGAUUUGUUGUGUGUGUGGGGGGCGGGUGUGUGUGUGCGGGAGAGUCUAGGUUACAGAAGCAUCAGGUUUGAGCACGGAAACGGUAAACUCCAUCACAGGUAAAUGUCUAGGUGGGCCAGAAAGCCCCGGCCGUGGGGCCAGCCCUGUCAAGAGAAGGCGCUGCUUCUCAGAUCCAGGUGGAGCUGGACCUAGACUUCCCACCAGAAGCCGGACCUUGGGAUUCUCACAUGAAAUUUCGAGGUCUGGAAAAUAAGUUUGACCCCGAUCCCCGGGUCAAACUGCGAAAGUGUUUCGCCAGGGCAGCUGCAGAUCUGGGCCCAGGAGUUUAAGACCGCUCCCAGCUAGGAGAGCCCCUAGGCCCGGGGCUGAGGUC